AUGGCAGACGAAAAGGGAUCAAACUCCGCGAACGAGUCCGACUGUUGGCUCGGGCUGUUCAGGAAAGAAAAAGCGGGUGCCCCGCCGCCGGUGGAUCGACCGGUGCUUAUCGAUAAGCCCCAAAUUUCUCGAGGCGAUAUCUCCGAAUCCACGUGCCACGCGCUGGAGAACCGUCAGGGUUCCGAAAGACGUUGCCUUUUCGUCCCUUCCUACCACCGAUUCGAACAUACUAUCAUGGCGGAUGCGGACGAGGAAGCCGUUCGCGGCACUGCGGUGGAAGCCACGCAGAUUGAGACAGAUCUCUCGGAUGAAACGCAGGAUUUUCGACUACUAAACCACCUCAAUUUGUAUGCAAAGCUGAGCUCCCAGAGCCCGUGGCAUGCGCCAACUCGACAUCGCGCUCUCCCCGUUCAUUGCUUAGGCCUCACAGAUUCAUCCGCUUCCAGCCUGCCGCGGCGCGGUGAGAAAGACUUCGAGCCCAAUCCGACUCUUUUCCAAGCCGAUGUGCUCUCUGCGUCUCGACAGGCGAUGCACAAUGCGCUUGCGCAUCCUCGUCUACAUAAUCCCAAAAACCAAGUGAUUGCUAUAUACGCCCCCGAUGGACCUCCUCCGCCGCCGCCGCCGCCGCCCCCAUCUUCCUCUUCUCCGUCCACUGUGCAGGGCCAGGGCCACGACACAGCCAAGCCGUCUGGAAGGGGCGCCAUGGUUUCGCCCGACGCCUGUGUUUAUGUGCCGAAUCCAAAGGGCCAGUAUUUCAAAAGUAUGGGCCAGGCGGAUCGAAAAGGAGUCAUGUGGUUAUUGCCCGAAGAGGCGUUGUAUCUGCUGGAAAGAGGGAGCCUGGAUAUCCGUUGGCCUGCGUCGAUCACAGGCAGGUCCAGUUCCACCGAGGAUGCGGCUGAGGGCAACGAGGAUGAUCUUUCGAUCCCGAUGAGUCUACAAGCGGCGUAUGCCUGCUUGAUCGGACGAGGUGGCUUGACCUUGGAGCGAUUCUCCGUUUUUUCCAGCCUGAAGAGGAUCGGCUAUGCAAUUGUUCGAGCACCCGGAUGGGAUGAGUCGACGACGACAAUGGGGGACGCUACCGACUCAAAUGACUGUCGAGAUGUCUAUUCACAGCCCCUGAUGCGCGGAGCGGGUCUUGCUGGGAUAUUCGGGCGGAUUUUCAAAUGGAUCAAUGAUCCUUACUGUACCUCUUCUCUGGCGGCUGGACCCGUCAUUGGAUAUGGAAUUCACCGGAGCUACUCCGACAUUUACCAAAAACUCGCGCUCAUUCCCUGGUACGACCCAACACUCGCCCCUCAACGAAACCCCCUCGACGCGCCCGCCCCCUUCCGCUCCGCCCUACCCCCUCCGGACUUCCGCAUCGCCGUCGUCAACACCCGUGAACACGACACCAUCCCCACUCUCGAACAACUCGGCGCUCUGCUCGAAAGCACCCCACUCGACCCUCCCUCGGGGGAGAAAAUGGAGCGUCAGCUAUACAUGCGUCUCCGACACGGGUACCGCAACGUCAUUCUGGCGGUGGUCGAUCAGGGCGUGACGAGCUUUCUGAGAGUGGCGGAUGCGGCAUUUGGCAAGGAGAGGAUUUAUGAGGCGGCCAAUGCGCCGAUGGGAUCGAAGAAAGGUGGGAAUUUUAGAAAGAAAAAGAGGUGA